AACAUACUGCAAGCAAUGAAGAUAUUGGCAUUGAUGAAAUUUCAAAUGAUUCUAUUCUAAGUAGUAAAACAGAAUCUGUACUGACUAAAAUAUUACAAUCAUCAAAUAAUUGGAGACAACCUUAA